UGAUACCCCUCAGAACAGCAGAACAUUCGAAGGUAAACAGCAGCUUUUCUCCUGCCUCCCUUCCAGGACUCCAUGAAGCGUUUUUGGACUUUGUUGGUCCGCAGCCUGGUCGAUGCUUCCAAGUCCAGACCGUGGCUCCAGAACAGAAUCCAGAAGAAGGAGGAAAAAACGGACAGAGCACACAGACGCAACAAGAACAAAACAGAACCACAGGAUUCGGCCGGCCCGGAUAAGAUCUUCAUCCCCGUGUUUCGGAGCUCCAGCGAGCAGGUUCUAACCGAAGUUCCCAUCACUUCAGAGACACGGUGUAAAGACGUGGUGGAGUUCUGCAGGGAGGCUGGAGAAAGCGGCUGCCGCCUCGUACAAGUCUGCAAAGGAAAAGAGAGCGUGAUGCCUUCAGAUCACCUGAUGCUGGAAUACAUGCAGAAAUGCGGUCAGAGGAGGCAGGAGGUGACGUUUUACCUACGAGAUGAGAACGAGCACAGAAGCAGCAACAAGGGGACAAAGACAUCAGAGCAGCUGAGCAGAAAGAAGAAGGGGAGGAUGGACAGAAUUGGUGUGAAUGGGAUGGGGACUCCCCGUGUAGAAUUGACUUUGUCUGAGCUUCAGGAAAUGGCCAUUCGUCAGCAGCAGCAAAUCGAAGCUCAGCAACAGAUGCUCAUGGCAAAGGAGCAGCGUUUGCGCUAUCUGAAACAGCAGGAUCAUCAGGGUCCGGCAACGCCUGAAACCGAGAAACUGCAGAGGCUGAGAGAAAGAGUUGAGAGUCAGGAGGCCAAGCUGAAAAAGAUCCGUGCCAUGAGAGGGCAAGUGGACUACAGCAAACUGAUCAAUGGGAACCUGUCUGCAGAGAUCGAGCAUGUAAGCAAUUUGUUUCAGGAAAAGCAGGUGGAGCUGCAGCAGGCUGUGAUGAAGGUGGAGCAGCUCACACAGCAAAUAGAGGAACUGAGGAACAAACGCAUUACAGAGUCACAGCUUGCAGGGGGCAAUGCACUGGAGCUCCAUAAACUCUACCAGGAGCUGCAGAUGAGAAACAAGCUGAAUCAGGAGCAGAUUAGUAAACUCCAGCAGCACAAAGACAUGCUAAACAAACGCAACCUGGAGGUCAGCAUGAUGGACCGACGCAUCGAGGAGCUGAGAGACCGCCUCCACAGGAAGAAAGCUGAGUUGGGACGGAUGAGCGCUCCCUCAUCCCCUCAGUCAGUUCCCAUCACCUCUGGUCGCAUUGCCGCCGUAUUUCCCUACAUCCAGGUUCCCACGGUGACCGGAAGACAGGACGGAGGCUACCCUUUGACCCCAGACACGCUUAAACCACACCCACUUCCUGCCCAAAUCAUCCACACUCGAUCCCGAUCAGAUGACGAUAGAGUGAGGAAGCCUUCAAGACCGUGGAAGGUCUCAGACCUAGACAUCGUAUUGAACCGUGAGGUGACCCUAGACCCCAGAGACCAUCCCGCCCCAAACGAUGCAAAUUGGAACAUGGACUCUCUCAAAGCCCCGGACUGGAAGGACACGAGCAAGAUCCCGGGCAAAAUGGCUGCCAGUGAAAAGGGAUCUCCUAAAGUACUGGGCACUAUAACCACUUUGUCUAAACACCCGCCUCUGAUCUACGGCACCUACCCCAGCGUGGGGCAUCACUCCACCGUCUGUGCCACUAACUCCCUGCCUCGCUCAGCACCCGGCACUCUGUCGUGGCACAGAUCGUCUGGUUCUUCAUCGCAGCAGAUCCAGCAGAGGAUCACUGUUCCUCCUAGUCCUACACCCUCAGCCGGAUCUCCUGUGUUACCCCCGAGCGAGAGAAGUAAUGAUGCCCCUCUGGCUGCAGCAGUUCGACCGUUUUAUACGGACCGGGGGUCACGACCUCAGUCUCCUCGGAAAGGUCCUGCUACGAUGAAUUCCAGCUCCAUUUAUAACGUUUACCUGCAGCAGCCGACGGCCAAGAACUACCAAAGCAGCAGCACUAGAGCUGCAGUCAAAGCAGUUUAUGGAAAACCGUUACUGCCGAGCUCCGUUUCCUCGUCCCCCGUUCCUUUCCAGCAUCAGAACUCCAAAGAUGAUUCAGAGCGUGAGUCUGAACCCGAGACUCCACACACUCCUCAGCCCAGUGUAGAGAACAUCCCCCGGCCCCUGAGCCCCACUAAACUCACCCCAGCUCACUCACCCCUGCGCUACCAGAGUGACCUUGACCUGGAGGUGCUGAGGAGGAAGCUCGCCAACGCUCCUCGGCCUCUUAAAAAGCGAAGCUCCAUAACCGAACCCGAGGGCCCCAAUGGUCCCAACAUCCAGAAACUGCUCUACCAGCGCUUCAACACGCUCGCUGGUGGCAUCGAAACCGUUACGCCGUUCUUUCAGCCGGACACUGCACUUAAUUUACCAGGUGAUGUGGAUUCUGUUAAUGGAAAUGUAAAGGAAGUGACAUCAAAGCCUGCUGUAGCAUCAACACUGACGCCUGUUACAGAACCAGCGACAUCACCGACAUCAGACUCUAAUGAGAAUCACCAGGAGCAGACGGCUAAUCAUACCGAAACCGUGGAGAUUACAGACACCACAGAUCCUAAAGAAGGUCCUGAGAACAGUCAUAACAACAAUCAGGCUUCAUUAGAUGAAGACGUUGAGUCCACGUCUCCAGAGAAGGAGGACACCAGGCUGGACACGGUGAAGCGGACGAACCUGAAAAAGCCCGGCUCUGAGAGGACGGGUCACGGCCUCCGAGUGAAGUUUAACCCGCUGGCGCUGCUCCUGGACGCGUCUCUGGAGGGCGAGUUUGACCUGGUGCAGAGGAUCAUAUAUGAGGUGGACAACCCCAGCACUCCGAAUGAUGAAGGCAUCACGCCGCUUCACAACGCUGUGUGCGCUGGUCAUUACCACAUCGUAAAGUUCCUGCUGGAUUUCGGAGUGAACAUCAACGCGGCAGACAGCGAUGGAUGGACGCCACUGCACUGCGCCGCCUCGUGUAACAGCGUACAUUUGUGUAAGCUCCUGGUGGAGUCCGGGGCGGCCAUCUUCGCCACCACUAUCAGUGACGUGGAGACGGCGGCGGAUAAGUGCGAGGAGAUGGAGAACGGCUAUGUGCAUUGCUCGCAGUUUCUCUACGGUGUGCAGGAAAAACUGGGCAUGAUGAAUAAGGGGACGGUUUAUGCUCUGUGGGAUUACGAAGCUCAGAGUCCGGACGAGCUCUCGUUCCGUGAUGGAGACGCUUUAACAGUGCUGAAGCGCAGAGACGAGAGUGAGACUGAGUGGUGGUGGGCUAGGAUUAAUGACCAGGAGGGCUACGCUCCGCGAAACCUGCUGGGGUUGUACCCAAGGAUUAAACCCAGACAACGAUCCCUGGCAUAGCGCCCCCUGGUGAGCCACCCACCCCUGAUGGACAGUAGCCCCCAGCUGGACAUUUUGCACCAUUUUCAUCGUUUAGUGCCACCAAGAUAAGAAGAGGGCAUGGCAGCUACAAACUGAGACUGAAGCUUGGAUGUAUUUAUCUGCCGGAAGAGAUUUGGUGAUCAGCACUCCGUUUACAGCCUGCAAAACGGAUCUUAUUUUUCAAAUACUAGAAGAAAAAUCCUGCUCCCUUUCACCCAGAUGUCUGUGGGGAGAAAGCGCACCAGUUUUUCCCAUUCCCAUUUUUACUGGUGUGUGUCUGUGGGAUGUGAACGUCAUGAGACUCUGAGACAGAUGAGGAAGAGUGUUUUGUGUAUUUUUGUUGGACAAAAAGGAAAGAGUGCAGAACAGAUGGUUAUAUCCUGAGCAGCUGACUCCACAAAAGGAAGGAAGGAGCUAGAAAGUGCAGAGUGAGAGAGAAAGAGAUGCUGAAAUAAGAAUGCAGAGGAAAUGUUGAUGCGUGUGUGUGUGUGUGGUUGUGGUGGUAUGAGAGACAUGCAACAGGAUGUUAAAUAAGCAAUGGUGGCAGUAAGGACGUAAAAAAUGGUGAAAGCCUGCGUUUCCAAUCCAGGAAUAAAAGUUAUACAUGUGUGUUUAUUCGUUAAAGCCAAAUGCACACGACCGGGCCGAGACGUGUUUAGCGUGAAAAGCUCUCAUUGUUCAAAUUUGUACUUGAGCCAUGAUGGUGGUGGAGCCUCCAGUUUAAAGUCAUUGACUGAAGUCUUUAUUCAUUUUCGUAGAACAGCAGAACGAGUCAUUUACACGUAAAAAUGGUUUAAAUCUGUGAAUGAAGCAAACCCGAGGAAUCUGCCACGUCUCAGCUGAUUGUCUGCAUUUGGUGAUAAUAAAAUGUCAUUUAGCCUGAAUUGUUUUGUAUUUCACAUUGAUUUCCUCCUUGUUUUUAAAAGCUCUUUAUAACACAGGCAAGACAAGAUGAUUUAAGGGUUCUGGUGAAUGGGUGAUGAGAGCAAAUAUUAAUAAUAAUAACGAUCAGCCAUAAUAAUAAUGAGAGUAACAGGCCUGAAUCUGCAACAUCAUUCAUGACACAUGCCAUGUAAAUGUGCACAAUAAAGACACUCUCACAUUGGGAAACA